AGUGACCAGGGGCCCUAAGAGCAGGGCUGUCAGUUUGGCCUGCAGGGGGACAGUGUUUCGGGGCGGGGUGGCCACAGCGCUGGCUCACUUCGCUGGGUGACCAUGCGCAGGAGGCUGGGAGGGGUGGGUCCUACUGCCCCUCCAGCCCCUCCAGGUACCUCGCAGUGGCCCUGGUCCCGGCAUCUGCGUGGCCCUCUCCUGUCCCGAGAGGAGGCGUGGUCAGGAGUCGGGGACGGGGUGCGGGGGGAGGCCCAGCAAGUGUUUAUUUGCAUUCCAAUCGUGCUGCUCACAGCCCAGCAUUUACAGCCCGGACCUUGUCCCGCCGGGGUGGCCGGACCCUGGCCCUGCCCUCGUCCUCCCCCAGCCAGGAGCUCCCCACAGCACCCUGUCUUGGGAAGCCGGCAGCUGGGAGCAGCCCUGGCCGGAGAGAUGGCCGUGGAGGGCAGGGACGUGCUGGUGCUGCUGCCCACGCGGGAGCGGCUGCGGCUGGUCGUGGGGGUGCAGGCCACGGGGCGGGAGCUGUUCAGGCAGGUGUGUGACGAGGCCGGCAUCAGGGAGCCCCACUUCUUCGGCCUCUGCGUGGUCAGAAACGACGAGUACCUGUUCAUGGACCUGGAGCAGAAGCUCGGCAAGUACUUCUCCAAGGACUGGAGCCGGGAGCGGCCGGAGGGCAGGAGGUCCAGGGCCCCCUUUGUGGCCUUCCUCCGGGUGCAGUUCUACGUGGAAGACGGGCGGCUGAUCAGCACCCGGACGGGCCGGCACCUGUACUACUGCCACCUGCGGGAGCGGGUGCUGCGGUCCCAGGGCACCCACUGCGAGGAGGCCUACUUCCUGCUGGCGGCCUACGCGCUGCAGGCCGACCUGGGCAACCACCGGGCCCGCGCCCACGUGGGGCGCUACUUCGAGCCCCAGGCCUACUUCCCGCAGUGGAUCAUCGCCAGGAGGGGCAGCGCCUACCUCCUCAGGCACGUGCCCUCCCUGCACCGCGAGCAGCGGGGCCUGAGCCCCAGGGCGGCCGAGCUGCGCUACAUCCGGGAGGCCUGCCGGCUGGAGGACGUGCCCGUCCACUUCUUCAGGCUGUUCAAGGAUAAGAAGGAAGAAAGACCUACCGUUGUCCUGGGACUGACCCUCAAAGGAAUGCAGGUCUAUGAGGAGGUGAAUCACACUCCGCAGCUGCUCCAGGACCUGCCCUGGCCCCGCAUCGGGAAGCUGGCCAUUCUGGGGAAGAAGUUCAAAAUCCAGCCGGACGGGCGGCCCGCGGCCCGCAAGCUGGAGUUCUACACGGGCUGCGCUGUCCGCUCCCGCCACCUGCUGCGCCUGCUCCGCGCCAGCCACCAGCUGCACCUGGCCCUGCGGCCCGCGCUGGCGCAGCUGCGGCUGGAGGAGCCGCGAGAGAAGUGUUACCGGGAGACGUACAUCAGUGACACGCCGGAGCUGGGCCUGUGCCCCACGGGCCACCGGGACAGCGGGGACAGCAGGGGCAGUGGCCAUCGGCUCCCCUGCCACCUCUCACUGCUCUCGGCCGACAGCCACGGCAGCUCCCACGCGUCUGGCGUGGAGCCUGGGGAGAUGUCAGUGGACGAGCCCUCCGGGGCCACAGCCCUCCCCAGGGAGAGGGCGUCCUGCAGCUCCAGCCUCAGCCCCAGCAGCGGAGACACAGCGGGUGGCAGUGGAGGCCGGCCCGGGCCCGAGGGGGACACGCAGGACCCGGGGCACCGGGGGAGCGCCUCUGGCCCCCAGGCGGUGGUGCGGGUCACACUGAUCAGCAUGCGGGGCUGGAGCACCGAGGCCCUACACCAGGUCCCGGGGGCGGCCCCCCGCCACGCCCACGCGGACCCGCUCACCCGCAGCCUGGAGGACGUGCGCCCGCGCCCCGCCCCGCGCGCAGCCCGGAGGCCCGUGCCCGCCCCGCGCAGCUGCCCCCGCGGCGUCGCCCCGGACCCGGACCCGGACCCGGACCCGGACCCGGGGCCCGCGGCCCGCCUCUGCCUGGACCUCAGCGGGGACCCGCGCCUGGAGGAGGUCGCCGUGUAGCCCGCGAGGCUCGGUCCGCCCGCGGCGCGGGGCAGGGGCUGCUCUCAGGGAGGCCGGCCGCCAGCCUGACCCCCUCCUGUGCCCGCGGGGCCACGAGGCCUCGGCGCCUCCCGUCGCGGUCGCGGUCGCGGUCGCGUGUGACUCGGACUCGGACUCGGCGCCGGCGAAGAGCAGGCCCCGCUCGGGACUCGGGGCGAGUGGAGCUGGGCUGUCCCUCCGCACGGACCCGCGUGGGCUCCGCCGGGCUCCCGGCCCCUCCGUGCGGCCCCUCCGCGGGCCUGGCCCGCUCUGUCCCCGGACCCCGGCGCCUGCCCCGUGCACGGCGGUUCCGGAACGCGCCUGGCUCCCCUGUGGCUCCCGGGCCCCCCCCGCCCCAGCCCAGCACCUGCGCCCGCACCCCGGCCGCCUGUCCGAGCGGACCUGUCCGCGCCUGAGUGCGUUGGGGUCGCUGGGAGCCGCUCCCGCACAGCUGGUCCCGGACGCCGUCAGGCCCCCCGCGCUCUGCUGUGCGCCUGCAGCCCGGGCAGCCUGCACGGGGCCUCCGCCUGCCGCCCCCCCCCCGCCACCAGAGGGCGCUGGCGGCACGCGCUGGGCCUGGGCAUGGGGGGCUGGACUCGGGGUGGCGGGGCGCCUGGCAGCUCAGGGCUGUGGUCUCUGACCCGCCUCUGUGGGUGCAGACCGAGCUCCCCCUCAUUCCUCACCCACCCCCUGGUUGAAGGUGCCAGCGCCAAGGGCCACGGGAGCGGGGACCAGCGCGUGUCCCCCGCGGACUGAGGAGCAGGGCAGGGCGGGCCCGAGGGCCCCAUUUCUGUCCUUCCUCCGGCCUGUGGGCGGACAUGGACAUGGUGUCCCCUAACCGCCCGGGAACCUCUGGUUGUCAGGGAGAGAGGGGCCGGGCCUGUCCCUAACCCUCCCAGGGUGGCCGCCCUGCCCGUCCCGCCCCCCGCCCCCUCCCGAGUGCCAGCCCAGCUCCCAGGGAGGAGGGGGUGGAGGGGCAGAGGGGGGCGGCCCACCCCUCGGGAGGGCGGAGGCUCCUUGGAAAAGCCAGAAAGAGAACCUCGCCCGGCCGGGUGGCUCAGUGGGUGAGCGUCGACCUAUGAACCAGGAGGUCACGGUUCCAUCGGUCGGGGCACAUGCAGGGCUGCGGGCUCGGUCCCCCGUG